AUGUCGACCCACAUGGACUACAACUCCUGCCCUAGAGAUUGCCCCACCAUGGAUAGCCUGGAAAGGCAGCUGAUUUGCCCCAUCUGUUUGGAGAUGUUUACCAAGCCGGUUGUCAUCCUGCCCUGCCAGCACAACCUGUGCAGGAAAUGUGCCAACGACAUCUUUCAGGUGAGCCGUGAACAUGCCUGGGUUUGCAGCUUGGCUUGGUUUUCAUUUUAGGGCUAAGCACAUAAGUGUUCAAAGAGAGAAGGUGGCACCAGGGAUACGGAAUCGCUAGCAAAAUGCCCAUUGUCGUUGCAGGUGGCAUGAGCUUUGGGGAAGGGCCUGUGUCUUGCAAGAUCACUUGGUGAAUCUGCGUGGACUGACGGACACAUGCUAUAAGCAACCCCUGUAUGGUGGCGAGGGGGCACUCCUGGCUCCCUGUUUGGAUUUAAAAAAAAUAAUUAUGGGGUUACAAGAGGGCUGGGGAAGCUUUUGCAGACUGAGAGUUGUUUUUCAUUCUGGGGGGGCGGGGGGCGGGCCACAGGCCAGACACAGAGGGCAAAGGUGGGCAGAACAAAUAAUGCCAAUUUUACCUUUGUUAGUUACUUUUACCUGCACAUCCCUCUGUAUCCUACAGCAAGACAAGUAACAGGUAACAUCGGAGGACAAGGACACAUUGAGAGCAGGCAAAAACACUCAAGGAGGGUGUGAAAGGGUUGAGGGGUGUGGCCUGGGAGUAAUGGGCGUGGCCUGUGGAAGAAGGGGUGUGGCCUAGGGAGAGCUCAGGGGCCCAGGAAUAAUAAUAAUAAUAAUAAUAAUAAUAAUAAUAAUAAUAAUAAUAAUUUAUUUGUACCCCACCCAUCUGGCUGGGUUUCCCCAGCUACUCUGGGUGGCUUCCAACAAAGAUUAAAAAACAUUAAAAUGUCACACAUUAAAAACUUCCCUGAACAGGGCUGCCUCCAGGUGUCUUCUAAAUUGUUAGGUAGUUGUUUAUUGCCUUGACAUCUGGUGGGAGGGUGUUCCACAGGGCGGGUGCCACUACCGAGAAGGCCCUCUGCCUGGUUCCCUGUAGCUUUGCUUCUCGCAAUGAGGGAACCGCCAGAAGGCCCUCGGAGCUGGACCUCAGUGUCCGGGCAGAACAAUGGGGGUGGAGACGGUAGUGAGGCGUGGAGGGCUGCAUUUGGCCCCCACCCCUGAGGUUCCCCACCCCUGUGCUAUAAGAUGGCUAAGGACAUGGUACCUAUUUAUAGACCGGAAUGACUUGCAAAAAGCAGAGAGGUAGAAAUACUUAUCCAUAGCUCUAGAACUGGGUGGUCAGCUGAUGAAACUGAAUGUACUUCAGCACAGUAUCCGCUGCCUCGUGGGACAUAUUCGGGAGAAGAAAAGGCUAAAGAGUAAACCCUGCACAAAUUUGGCGUGGAGUCCCUAAGACUGCUGGGUGGCGCCUCGUACACCUCCUUCAGACAAGCUGGUGCCAAACGUCUUGCUCUGCUUUCCUUUGGACCCCAUCAGUGAGGCCGACAGGGUGGUCUUGUCAUCUGGGCAACGCAAGACCUCCAGCCACACUGCCCAGGCUUGCCCCCCCACGGACGUAUCCUUGGUGCUUCUAAUGGCCCAAAAACAAUGCUGGAGGCAGCAGGUGCCGAGUUCCCAAUCUAUUGAGCCACAGCAGGCGCUGUGAUUCUCCAGCAGUUUGACUUCACCCCCAGAGGUGCACUCCAUUGUCUCUCCAGAUAGACAAAUGACGACGACUUCAGCUGCCAUUCUCCACCCAGUGUGUGUGGUUUCCUUGUUGGAAUCCAGUCAUUUGUUUAAAACCAAAUGUCAGCGCAAAACACUAGAAAAUUCAGUUGCCGAUAUAAAAUACGUACCACAUGGGACCAAUCGAGAAACAUUUGCUUAAGGUGUGUUUUCACCCUGGUGUAAUGCAGUGCUAGCACUGUGCAACUGACGCAGGCCCUGUAGUUGCAAAGAGCACGUGAUUGUUUGAACUGGCCCAAAAUCAAAAAUAAGAACCGCUCUUUUAUCAGAAGGGGAUUUCCCAAGGAAUCUUUCCCCCUUGGAACUUUAUAGAGUGCUGCAAAGUGUAAGGACCUGCGGCUUGCAUCCAACUAAAUUGUACUCAAGAGCUGAGCCACUGAAAUGAGUGUAUUUAAGUUACUUCAUUCAUUCCAGUUGGUCUGAGAGUGCUUAGCAUUGUGUUAAAGUAAUGACUGUCAGAAAAAUGGUGGAAUGAUAUCUUAUGGAUUUAGCAGAAAUGCUAUAAGAAGUUGGGUGUAUAUAAAUAAUCAACCAUUAAUGGGAAAUAAGAUUAAAGAAUAUGUUAUUUAUAACAUGACAGAAAAUAGAGAAAGAUGGAAAGGAUUUGCUGAAACAAGCACUAGAAGCGGGAUACAAGAAGGGAGGUGUGAGGAAGUCGAGGAAACAAGGGAAUGAAGGACAGAGUAUGGAAAAGGAGGGAUGCUUUUAAAUUGUUUUUGUCUUGCUCUGUUCAUGUGUUUAGUUCAAUGGGUUUAGGGUGGGUUUGUAUUGUUUAUAUAUUGUAUUGUUUUUCUCUUUCUUUUUUCUUUUUUGUUUUUUCUCUCUUUUUUCUACUUUUUUGUAAGUUUUAAAAGCAAUAAAUAUUUUUUUUUUAAAAAAAGAGAGUGCUUAGCAUUGAUUAUCACCCUAUGUCUUCCACUGUGGGCCCCUCCCUACUGAUGGGGAUUUUUUGUGUAGUGCAUGGGAGGGUUGUGAGUGCAUUCUGCAACAUGUCACUGACACAAGAAUAGCCCAUUAGUGGUGGAUUUAUAAUGGACUGUCCACAAAUCAUUCCGCUUUGCUACUUGUUAUGUGAUGCUUAUUGCAUUAUUGCCAUCUGGAAGGGCACAAUGAAAAUGUGCCAACCCCUCGCCCCACGAAACAUUUGUUUAUUUAUUCUAUUCAUAUACUGCCCUUUAACCAAAGGUUUAUUAUUAUUAUUAUUUGGUUUAUUUCCACCUAUAUACAGCCUGAGCCUGUGAUGGAGGGGUUCACAGCAUUAACACCCCAAAAAGGGUGUUGCUUUCCCCCAUAGAUGCAGCCUUGCGCAGUCGUACCUUGGUUCUCGAACGCCUUGUGACUCGAAUGUUUUGGCUCCUGAACGCUGCAAACCCGGCAGUGAGUGUUCCGGUUUGCAAACAUUUUUUGGAAGCCAAAUUCCCGACGCGGCUGAUGCGGCUUCCGAUUGAGUGCAGGAAGCUCCUGCAGCCAAUCGGAAGCCGCGCCUUGGUUUCCGAACGUUUUUGGAAGUCGAACGGACUUCCGGAACGGAUUCCGUUCGAGAACCAAGGUACGACUGUAUUCAAGAGAGCCAGUGUGGUGUAGUGGUUAAGAGCGGUAGUCUCGUAAUCUGGUGAACUGGGUUCGCUUCCCUGCUCCUCCACAUGCAGCUGCUGGGUGACCUUGGGCUAGUCACACUUCUUUGAAGUCUCUCAGCCCCACUCACCUCACAGAGUGUUUGUUGUGGGGGAGGAAGGGAAAGGAGAAUGUUAGCCGCUUUGAGACUCCUUCGGGUAGUAAUAAAGCGGCAUAUCAAAUCCAAACUCUUCUUCUACUCUUCUUCUUCAAACAGAAAUCAGGCAGAGAUAUCUCUCUAGCUUCUCAGCCUGCUGCUAUUCCACUCCUAGCAUCUAGCUGGCAUCACUCCACUCUGGCCUGUGUCUGUCUAACUACCAGCCAUUUGAGGGAGGGGUGCCUACCCAUUUCGCAUCUGGCACAGAUCCACUACCUUUGUUUCCUUAAUGGCCCAUUCACUAAGCUAUCACCUCACCAGGAAUUUGAAUCCUUGCUUCUAUUUUAACACUUGCUGGAUGCAGGGGUUAGAAGGGUCCCAGCAUACAGCCCACUUCCCCCACAAAAAAACUCAUAACUAUAUAUGUGUUGUCAAUUGCAGUUUUAAAAUAUUCAGGUAAUUCAGGCAUGAUGUCCCUCUCAGGCAAUGGGGAAGGUUGAGAAAGUGAAAGAUAAAUGAGCUGGAGUUUACAAGGGACCAAAUUUACAUUUUUGUAUUUGGACCGAUCCUUAAAUUCAUCUCUAAUCAUUCUGGAACAAUAAUAAGCCACUACAUUGGCUCCCAGUAUGUUUCUGAGCACAAUUCAAAGUGUUGGUGUUGACCUUUAAAGCCCUAAACGGCCUCGGCCCAGUAUACCUGAAGGAGCAUCUCCACCUCCAUCCGACACUGAGGUCCAGUGCUGAGGGCCUUCUGGCGGUUCCCUCGCUGCAAGAAGCCGAGUUACAGGAACCAGGCAGAGGGCCUUCUCGGUGGUGGCACCCGCCCUGUGGAACGCCCUCCCACCAGAUGUCAAAGAGAUAAACAACUACCUGACAUUUAGAAGACAUCUGAAGGCAGCCCUGUUCAGGGAAAUUUUUAAUGUGUGACAUUUUAAUGUAUUUUUUUAUCUUUGUUGGAAGCCGCCCAGAGUGGCUGGGGAAACCCAGCCAGAUGGGUGGGGUACAAAUAUUAUUAUUAUUAUUAUUAUUAUUAUUAUUAUUAUUAUUAUGUUAUUCAGCGUUGCCUUUAUUCUGACUGAGGCCAUGUUGAGCUUCAUAAAAGGUGACUAAAUUGUCCCAGUGAGUCUUCAAAAACACAGCUAUUGAAAUACAUCACAACUUCGGCUCAGAACAGGUGUUAUAAUGAAAGUCAUCGCAGAAACCUCCAGAGAGGCUGCCAGGAAGCAGGCAAGUUACGUGGGCUGCUCAAGAAGGACUGGUGAUAUUUUUACAAGAAACCAAAGGCCAGAAGCCAAGAGCAAAACGCAAGACAUUUAAUCGUGUGAAGGCAGGUGUCGGGCAUCUCUCAGGAGAACGGAAGGAGCUGGAAAUUAGAACAGUCGCAAUCCCCUAGUUAUCCAAAUCUGUCUGGACGUAGCCUGAGGAAGGAAUCUAAGCACUGCAAAGCAAACAAAUGUCUUGGGGGAAAUGUCAGGAUUUGGUAUCUUCUCACCCAAAUGCUUCACAGUAAACUAGUCUUGAGAGUCCCGUGGACUGCAAGAAGAUCAAACCUAUCCAUUCUAGAGGAAAUCAGCCCUGAGUGCUCACUGGAAGGACAGAUCCUGAAGCUGAGGCUCCAAUACUUUGGCCACCUCAUGAGAAGAGAAGACUCCCUGGAAAAGACCCUGAUGUUGGGAAAGAUGGAGGGCACAAGGAGAAGGGGGCGACAGAGGACGAGAUGGUUGGACAGUGUUCUCAAAGCUACCAGCAUGAGUUUGACCAAACUGUGGGAGGCAGUGGAAGACAGGAGUGCCUGGCGUGCUCUGGUCCAUGGGGUCACAAAGAGUUGGAUACAACUAAAUGACUAAACAACAACAACAAAAACUAGUCUUUGCCAACCUGGGGCCAUCUAGAUGUGCAGGACUACAUCUCCCAUCUGCCCCAGCCAGCAUGGGCUGAUGGGAGUUGUAGUCCAAGAUAUCAGGAUGCCUCUGGCUUGGAGAAAGCCGCAGUAGAUAGAGCCACGCCUUCAAGCUCAAGAGUUUGUUUUUGUUGACCGAUGCUAAGAUUUCUAACCUGCUUUCCCCCUCCAGCGGAGGCCAACGAAAACCUCACCUAAAAUGAUUAAUUAUAAUAAUCAUACCAGUGACACAGAAAUCACAGAGCAAAUAGCAUGACACACACCUAAAGCAGCGUAAGAAGAACUCAAGGAGCCAGCUAACAAAUAGCAACAAUGCACCCAGCAACAGUGUUAAACACCCGCAGGCAGAGGAGAAAUGCUAAUUGCUUCGGCUAAUAGCUAAUUGCUCUCUGGGGAGGGAUCGCAGCUCAGUUCUGUAGAGCAGGCACUUUGCAAGCGGACCAUCCCAGGUCCAACUUAGGACAUCUCUCGUUAAAAGGAUCAGAUGGCGAGGAAAAGAUGCCCGAGACCCUAGCCCAGUGGGUUCCCAAAUUUUGGAGACCCACUGCCCCCUUAUUUCCACAAACUCGUCCCCAGCGCCGGUGGCCCUACCCUAUAAAAAGCGUUAUUCAGAAUAGCGGUUCGCACAACCAACUAAGGGAGGUAACAGCACAAUAACAUUCAAAAGCAAUAAUGAUGAAUUGCACAUUCGUUCAAAAUCCCGUUAUAGCUAUUUGGCCAAAUUAAUACAACAAAGUGGAUGGACUCGAUACCAGAUUUUCAAAGACUGAUGGUCAUUUAUACCUCUAGAGGCAGCCCCCUGUAAGCCCACCACCCACCUUAGGAACCGAAUGGAUACCCCAAAUAGUUACUGCGAGCCAGAGUAGAGAACACUGGCCUAGAUCAGGGGUGGGGGACCUUCUUCAGCCUGGGGGUUGCAUUCCCUUUUAGGCAAGUUUUUUUGGGGGGUGGGCACAUGCCAGAUGCUUUGAGCGGGGUCAAAGCCAAAGUGAGCAGAGCAAGAUACAUUUUACCUUGUACAGUAGGCUAGUUUCUACACAGAGAGACACUUUCUGUUCUCCACCCAAUGGAUCCAAAGGCUCCAUUGUCAGGAACAUGGGUGGCGCUGUGGUCUAAACCACCAAGCCUCUUGGGCUUUCUGAAGUGUUGGAAAAGCCUGAUCUGGUCCUGAUUGGUGUAACUGUGCCCCUGAAGGACCAGGUGCGCAGCCUGGGAGUCAUUUUGGACUCACAGCUGUCCAUGGAGGCGCAGGGCAAUUCUGUGUCCAGGGCAGCUGUUUAUCAGCUCCAUCUGGUACGCAGGAUGAGACCCUAUCUGCCAGCAGACUGUCUCACCAGAGUGGUGCAUGCUCUGGUUAUCUCCCGCUUGGAUUACUGCAAUGCACUCUACGUGGGGCUACCUUUGAAGGUAACAACUAAUCCAGAAUGCGGCAGCCAGACUGGUGACUGGGAGCGGCCGUUGAGACCACAUAACACCGAUCUUGCAAGACCUACAUUGGCUCCCAGUACAUUUCCGAGCACAAUUCAAAGUGUUGGUGCUGACCUUUAAAGCCCUAAAUGGCCUCGGUCUAGUAUACCUGAAGGAGCGUCUCCACCUCCAUCGUUCUGCCCGGACACUGAGGUCCAGUGCUGAGGGCCUUCUGGCGGUUCCCUCCCUGAGAGAAGCCAAGUUACAGGGAACCAGGCACUUGGUAGUGGCACCCGCCCUGUGGAAUGCCCUCCCAUCAGAUGUCAAGGAAAUAAACAACUAUCUGACUUUUAGAAGACAUCUGAAGGCAGCCUGUUUAGGGAAGCUUUUAAUGUUUGAUGCAUUACUGUAUUUUAAUAUUGUGUUGGAAGCCGCCCAGAGUGGCUGGGGAAACCCAGCCAGAUGGGCGGGGUAUAAUAAUAAUAAUAAUAAUAAUAAUAAUAAUAAUAAUUAUCAUCUCCCCCUGAAAUGCACCCUCAGCGCAGCAUGUUGUAGGGGGUUGGACUAGAUCAUUCUUACGAUCCCUUUCCAAGCCUACAAUUCUGUGCUUCAUAAGCAAGCCAUUUAGCUGAAGCCUUAAAGGCAAAGCAUUUUUUAUGCUGACAGCAGAAUUGUUUAAACUCGGCUGCUUUCCAAGUUCCCUGGAUUGAUUCCAGGCAAUGUGAUAACCAUAGGUCAGCAAUCAUUCUUUUCACUAUCAUUGCCUCUAAGCACUUCCCCACUGGGUUUUUCCUCAUGCUUUCCUCUUAAUGGAAUAAUGAUAAUGAUGAUGAAUCUGCACAUGCACAGUUUGGAUUAGUACCGCGCUAUGUUUGCACCCAGUCCCACAACAGCUGCAGGGUCAGAAGAAGGAUAAGGGCCACUUCUGAGCUGGCAAUCACUGUGUCGAACAGAGAGGUGGUGCAUUGGGUUCCUGGUCCAUCUCUCCAUUGUGUAUCAGCAGGGCUGGGGCACUGGCAUCUCAGUACAAGAACACUACUGUCCAUUGCAGAGGGUUUGGAGGCACCUCCCCAUUUAGGGCGUAAUAUCCUGUGCAAGAGGGACGUGGGUGGCGCUGUGGGUUAAACAACAGAGGUUCGAAUCCCCGCGACGGGGUGAGCUCCCGUUGCUCGGUCCCUGCUCCUCCCAACCUAGCAGUUCGAAAGCACGUCAAAGUGCAAGUAGAUAAAUAGGUACCGCUCCGGCGGGAAGGGAAACGGCGUUUCCGUGCGCUGCUCUGGUUCACCAGAAGCGGCUUAGUCAUGCUGGCCACAUGACCCGGAAGCUGUAUGCCGGCUCCCUCGGCCAAUAAAGCGAGAUGAGCGCCGCAACCCCAGAGUCAUUCACAACUGGACCUAAUGGUCAGGGGUCUCUUUACCUUAAACCAAAUAUCAUAAAGACACCACAUUCUCUGAUGUGCGCUAGGUAAGUGCCUGGAAUCCUGCAAUAAUACACACACACACACACACACACACACGCGGGUUUGGGAGGUGUCCCUGCCUCCAAAACAUCUCUUCUGUGUGUUUCAGUCUCGAGGAACGACUUUGGGCUCUGCGGGGAGGUUUCGCUGCCCGUCUUGCCGCCAUGAAGUGGUCCUCGACAGACAUGGCAUCUACGGACUGCAAAGGAACCUUCUGGUUGAAAACAUCAUUGAUAUUUAUAAGCAAGCAUCAGCCCGGGGACCAGAGAGGUAUGUGAGACCCAACAGUCAUUGUGUAUGUUUGUGGGUGCGUGCGGGUGGGUGCGUCUUGCAUACCCCAAAAUGUGGGCAAAUGUGGACUUGUAAAAGGAUAAAAGAGUAUUGGGAAAUGAUCUAUAAUGAAUUGAAAAAAGUGUUUAAAAGUACUUUACCAAAAAAACCCAAGAGUCUUUUCUGUUGGGGAUAAUUUAAACUGAAAUUCCCAGGUGUCAAAAACGAUUAUUUAUGUAUGCUGCAACUGCGGUCCGUGUUUCAUUAGCCCAAAAAUGGAAAACAAGUGAAGUCCCAACAAAAGAAGAAUAGCAACUUAAGUUGACAAAAUAUGCACAACUCGCAGACUUAACAUAUAGAAUAAGAGAACAAGAAGAACAUACGUUUAGAGAAGAUUGGAAAAGGUUUAUUGAAUGUAUGGGAAAUAAUUGUGUACUGCUGAAAACGUUGGCAGAAUGAAGAUAAAUUAAACAAGUAUAAACAAGUUUUGAUGGAUGUAAUAAUGGGACGCUGAUUGGUAUGGUUUUUAUAAAAUAUGCAGGAAUUUAGGGUAUGUAAAAUGAACCACGGAAAGAGAAGAAGGGAAAUCAUUGACAUGUUAAGGAUUUAAAAUGAGUGUUUUAAAUUGUAAAACAGAAAAUUUAACUAUAUAUAGUGGGCAAAUGUUUCAUCCUCCCCCCCGAUAUUUCAUAGAUUCAUAUAAUUGUAAGGUUUGGAAAGGAUCUUUUAGUCCUACCCCCUGCAACGCAGGAAUCUCAACUAAAGCAUUCAUGAUGGAUGGCUAUCCAUCCUCUGUUUAAAACCCCCCAAGGAAGGACAGUUCACAACCUUCCAAGUCAGUUUGUUCCACUGUCAAACGCCUCUUACCAUUGGAAAGUUCUUGCUAAUGUUUCUUCGGAGUCGCCUAUUUUGUAAUUUGAACCCAUCAGUUCGAGCAGCAGAAAACAAGUUUGCCCCAUCUUGCGUGUGACAGCCUUUGAGAUAUUUGAAGGCGGCAACAUAAUUUUUUGGAAAUGAUUGAAUUGGCAAAAAUGACGGCAACAGUUAGAAUGCAAUCUAAUCAAAAUCUCAAACAGGAAUGGAAAAGUGUAGAGGAAUACAUGACCAAAAGAUGCUCCAACAAGAAUUUAUUGAUAUGUAAUAGACUGAUUUCACAAAUUUAAGCUAAGCAGAUAUAUAAGAUUGAAUGUUUAAUUAUUAAGGUACAAAAUUACAAUCUCAAUAAUAAAGUUGCAAAAUAAUAAGAAGGAAGACACAGGGCAAGAAAUAAGAAAUGGAUAAAUGUUGGUACAUAAUGAAAUGUGAAAAUGUGAAUUUACGAAUAUAAUGUAUAUUAUCAUUAUUUAAAGAUUUCAUAUAUGUAUUGUAACAUUAAUAAUAAAUAAAUAAAUAAAUAAAUAAAUAAAUGGGAAAAAUAAAAAAAUAAAAAAGAGAUAUUUGAAGAUGGUUCUCAUAUCACCCCUCAGUCUUCUCUUACCCAAACUAAACACAUCCAGCUCUUUCAAAAAACCAGGCACUUAUUUGAUUAGAUGCCUACAUCCAAUGAUCCUGAGUAGCAGAGACUUGACUGGAGAAAACAGAGAGCGUGGGAAGAAAUUUAGAGAGAGAGAGAGAGAGAGAGGGAGCACUCAAUGUUUGUUUUUUAAAUAACUUUUUCAAAAAUUAACUUUUUCAAAUUCUUCUGAACAACCAUCCGAAUAAAUCUCUCAUAUCCGUUGACUUCCCAUCCACCUUUCCAUGCUGUUAUUUCCUUAUAAAGCUGCUAUAUUACUUAAAUUUUACCCAUUAUAUACGUUAAUUAUAAAUGAUUCUCAUCUGCUGCUAUUCUUCAAAUCCUGCAUACAUUUUAAACUCCUGCAUAAUGUUUUUUUUUAAAAAAGAUCAGGGUCGUGAAAUGUUUCAGCUGGCCACUAGAGGUCUCUGUAUGCCAUAGAAAAAGAGAUUUUAAUCAACAUUUCAGACCCCUCUCCCCCUCCCUUCACGUAGCUGGUGAAUUUUGCUAUAGGAGGGAAGUAAAAGGAUGCCCAGGUGACCAAGGGCAGCCUUGUAGUAGGAUGAGACCAAAGGCCUAUCAGAUGGAGCAUCGUUUGUUGCUCACAGUGGACAACCAGACAGCCCAAUGGGAAAUCCACAAGCAAGAUAGGAGGGCAAUGGGCCACUUUUGCUGCUGACCCAGCAACUGGUAAUUCAGAGGCAUGCUGCCUCUGACCAUGGACAGAGAGCAUAUAGCUGUGGUGAGACUAGUAGCCACAAAGAGGGCUUUUAAAUCCCCUUUAAAGCCACCGCAGUUGAGAGCAGUCAGUUUCCUGCCAUUUGAAUAAGAGAUCCUUUCAUUUUUGCUGGUUCUGAAUCUCCAGCCAGCCAGAAAGGAGACUGAGGGUGUUGAAGGGGGCAGAAAUUGAGCCCCACCCCCCACCCAAACUGAAAUGGAAAGAGUUCAAUUUACACUCGAGUAGGACCCUGGCAGAGACACAUGCCCGACUGGCAUGUUCUCUCGCUCCUGGUCGAUCGUUCGGGAACUUCAUAAGCUUUCUUCAGCCCGAACAUCACAGUGACCGAUGCCAACCGACACCGGCACACUUAGGGAUCCACAGAGUUUGUACAACUUGCAUGACAGACCUCAGCAACUCAGCAUUUUGGCUAAUCUACUUUAUUUACUGGGACGUGGGUGGUGCUGUGGGUUAAACCACAGAGCCUAGGGCUUGCCGAUCAGAAGGUCGGCGGUUCGAAUCCCUGCAACGGGGUGAGCUCCCGUUGCUCAGUCCCUGCUCCUGCCAACCUAGCAGUUCGAAAGCACGUCAAGUGCAAGUAGAUAAAUAGGUACCGCUCUGGCGGGAAGGUGAACGGUGUUUCUGUUGCCUGCUCUGGUUCGCCAGAAGCGGCUUAGUCAUGCUGGCCACAGGACCCGGAAGCUGUACGCCGGCUCCCUUGGCCAGUAAAGUGAGAUGAGCGCUGCAACCCCAGAGUCAUCCGCGACUGGACCUAAUGGUCAGGGGUCCCUUUGCCUUGCUUUAUUUACAUAUAAACCCACACAGAGCACUGCAACAUGGCUCCCUCUCUCUCUAGCAUCAGGCAGCAAAGAGAAAAAGAACAAAGGACAAUAGUCCCACUUCACGGAAUACGGUAACACAAACAUCCUGUCUCCGUCACUUCCCACUCUGUGGAGUCAAAACAUACACCGUCAUGAGAUAGACAACAAUCCCAUGACUCCAAUCAUGGAGCAGGAAUUCUAACAGGGGGCAUAAAUUGAGCCCCACCCAAACUGAAAUGGAAAGAACAGGUUGUGAUGGAAGCAAAAUGGUGAUAGCCAGGAAUAGCCAGUGGGGUGACUUCCAGGUGAGUUUGAACUCCAGCUCCCAUCAUCCCCAGGUGUCUUGCCCAGGAGGAUGGGUGUUGGAGUCCAAUAUCAGGUGGGCACCGUGUUGACUACCUUGGCUUAAGCCCUUUCCCCAGGGGCUUAGCUUUCCCCAUUAUAACUAGAGCUCCCGAGACUCUAAAAACGGUUCGCCUUUAUAAAUGCUAACUAGCCGAAGCGUCCAGGUCUGUUUUUCACUGUAGCCACAAUAUGUAUUAUUAUUAUUAAUAUUAAUUAUAAUAAUAAUAGCAAUAAUAAUAAUAAUAAUAAUAAAUUAUACCCCGCCCAUCUGGCUGGGUUUCCCCAGCCACUUUGGGCUACUUCCAACUGAAUAUUAAAAACAAUACAGCAUCAGACAUUAAAAACUUCCCUAAACAGGGCCGCCUUCAGUUGCCUUGACAUCUGCUGGGAGGGCGUUCCACAGGGCAGGCACCACCACCAAGAAGGCCCUCUUCCUGGUUCACUGUAACCUCACUUUUCGCAGCGAGGGAACCACCAGAAGGCCCUUGGUGCUGGACCUCAGUGUCUGGGCAGAACGAUGGGGGUGGAGACGCUCCUUCAGGUAUACUGGACCGAGGCUGUUUAGGGCUUUAAAGGUCAGCACCAACACUUUGAAUUGUGCUCAGAAACGUACUGGGAGCCAGUGUAGGUCUUUCAAGACUGGUGUUAUAUGGUCUUGGUGGCUGCUCCCAGUCACCAGUCUAGCUGCCACAUUCUGGAUUAAUUGCAGUUUCCGGGUCACCUUCAAAGGUAGCCCCACGUAGAGCGCAUUGCAGUAGUCCAAGUGGGAGAUAACUAGAGCAUGCACGACCCUGGUGAGACAGUCCGCAGGCAGGUAGGGUCUCACCCUGCGUACCAGAUGGAGCUGGUAGACAGCUGCCCUGGAUACAGAAUUAACCUGCACCUCCAUGGACAUCUGUGAGUCCAAAAUGACUCCCAGGCUGCGCACCUGGUCCUUCAGGGGCACGGUUACCCCAUUCAGGACCAGGGAGUCCUCCACCCCCGCCCACCCCCUAUCCCCCAAGAACAGCACUUCUGUCUUGUCAGGAUUCAACCUCAAUUGAAAGCACCCCCCCCAAAAAAAAAGAAUCACGAGAACUGUGGUUUCCUCCUCACAAAGCUACAAUCCCAGCGCCCUUAGCAAACUGCAGUUCCCGGGAUUCCUUGCUGGGGAGUGUACUUUAAAUGUUUAGCGUGCAACUCUAUUGUCUCUCCUGACUGGUGGCUAUUUUCCUUGGCUUAUGUUUCUUGUCUCUGUCUCUCCUUACCUUAUAAGCUCAUUUCCCUCUCUUGUUUCCCCCCAAGACCCCCUUUAAAAACCGAGCACCCGAUUUGCGAAGAGCAUGAAGAAGAAAGGAUCAACAUCUAUUGCGUGACCUGCGGGGUCCCCACCUGCUCCCUCUGCAAGGUCUUCGGGGAGCACAAGGAUUGCGAAGUGGCGCCUCUCUCUGACAUCUACAUGCAACAAAAGGUUGGCUUCUCUCAGAUUUCCCAGGGUGCUUCCACUGUUUCCAUUUCUGUUCCGUGACGUUGGCAGAAGGACCUGUCCUUUAGCUGGAGACACCACUAGGCAGUGCUGGAUUUACGUAUAAGCUGAACAAGCUAUAGCUUAGGGCUCCACUUUUUUGGGGGCCCCAAAAACAAUUAAAAGGAAAAAAGCUGGAUGUACAUUUCCAAAAUAGAAGAUAAAAAACAAAUAAAAUAAAACCAACAUGCAGCAACAGUGUUUGUGUGUUGUGUAGGCUCCUACGAUGUAAGUCAUGGGCCCCGCCUGCUAGCCUGCUCCCUAAAAGAUCACUGGCUUGCUCAUUUCUAUAUAUAGGGUGCCUACAUUCUGCUAUUUAUCAUUAUUAGUGGUUUGCAUCAUAUUUCAUGUUAUAGCAAGUUUCUAGAGACUAGAUUAUGAGUCUUUGUAAAUUCUGUUUCCGAAGGAACUUUUGUUAUUGCCGAAUGCCAGCCUGUUUGCAUUAUUUACCAUAGUUUGUUAUGCAUAAAAAAAUCAUUUUAAGUUAGAGCUUAAUAAUUAUUUCAUUAUUAAUGUACUUCUUCUUAAUUGCAUUUCACUAUUAAUAUACUUCUUAAUUGUAUUUCACUAUUAAUAUACUUCUUAAUUGUAUUUCAGUUCAACAAUUACUUUGAUAGAAUACAUAUUUUGCUAUGUGCAAAUGGCUUGAGACACCUAUUAGGUUCGUAAAUUACCAUAUAGCAUAUAUUCAGCACACAAAAACAGCGACCAUUUGUUGUUGACAAAGGGCAGCUGGACAUAUACAGGGCCCCGUUACCUUCAGUAGCUGAGGGCCUCAUCAAACCUAAAUCCGGCCCUGCUACUAGGGCACAGGUGUGGCAUCCUGCAGCCUGGGGCGGGGGGCAACAUGCCUCAUUUUAUCACACUCCCAACACCUCCGCAAACUGUCCCAUUCUUCCAGCUCAUCAGAGCUCCUUCCUUCCUCUCCAUUUCCUCCUCCGUUCAGGAGGAGAGGGCUAUUGUAAAGUGCUUUCCCUUCUUCCUACGUAGUUUCAGAACACUAAGAAGGAGCAAUGUUUUAUUUGAGAAUAACAAAUUGAUGGAUUAUGUAUGUAUGUAUGUAUGUAUGUAUGGGAUGCGGGUGGCGCUGUGGUCUAAACCACUGAGCCUCUUGGGCUUGUUGAUCAGAAGGUCGGUGGUUCAAAUCCCCAUGACAGGGUGAGCUCCUGUUGCUCGGUCCCUGCUCCUGCUAACCUAGCAGUUCAGAAGCACGUCAAAGUGUAAGUAGAUAAAUAGGUACCGCUCCGGCGGGAAGGUAAACGGCGUUUCCAUGUGCUGCUCUGGUUUCGGUGCUCUGUUGUGCCAGAAGCGGCUUAGUCAUGCUGGCACAUGACCCGGAAAAACUGUCUGCAGACAAACGCCUGCUCCCUUGGCCUGUAAAACGAGAUGAGCGCCGCAACUCCAGAGUCUCCUCUGGUUCCGAGUCCGAGUCCAAGCCCCAGGCCAUCACACCCACUCUCUGGAACUGGAGGUGGGGAGAGGGAUGCUACACUUGGAUCCUGCUUGUGGGCUUGCCCAUGCGGCAUCUGGCUGGGCAAGUUGAGAACAGGAUGUUGGACAGGGUGGACCAUUGGUCUGAUCCAGACGCAGCGCUCUUGUGAUGCACAAAGACCUCCCACCAAGUGGGACCUGCUGGAUCUUACAGCACAGGUGACAUCGCAAACCGCCCUGAGAAAUUUGGUUAUUGGAUGGUGCGGCCAAUCAAUAACCAAAUGCCUUUGGGGUCUGCAUGAACGAAGAGUGUCUCCUUGAAGCCAUUUCCUUCUCCUUUGCGUGUUGCUGGCUCUGCAGCAUUUUGUGUUUUGGGUGGCCUGAAGUGCAAGGCAUGGAGAGUGAUCCUGUGCUCAUAAGGAGGAUCCCUUCUGUAUCUCACUUUGAAAUGGACUCGUUUGGGUUGGAUGUGGCCGUCUGAAACACUGCCCGCUUCCGGGAGCAUUAGGGGAGCAGACUGAGCAGUAGGGCUGUCUUAAGCAUAUGCGGCGCUGGGGUGCAAAGAUCUGCCUGGUGUGCUCCCCCUGGUUGCCCAGUCCCAAGCACGCAGGAGGGCAGAACCGGCUGGCCACCUCAGUGUCUUGCUGGCUCGGUUGCCCCCGAACUCACGGUGCAGAGCCGCCCGCAGCAGAAGAGCCAGCCACGGCGCUUCGACUGAUGGGUGUGCUCUUCCCUGGACUCAAUUCUCGGGCCCCGGACUCUCACCCUGGUGCCCUGAGAGCCCGGCGCCCGGGUGCCCCGCACCCCUAGUGCCUAUGGGCAAGACGGCCCUGCUGAGCAGUGUCAUUGGCAAAUCAGUCUAAUUUCGGUCCUCUCCCUUCCAGGCAGAGCUGACUGGUGGGAUUGGUGCCCUUGUGGCUGCGAACGACAGGAUCCAAGCCUACGUUGGGGAUUUGCAAGGCUCCUGCAGGAACGUCGAGGUAGGACGUGACUCCUCAACAUUUCGUUCUUUUUUAUUUUCGCAAUCUCUCCACUUAUCUGUGUCAGGUCACAGUGUUCAAAGGACCAGUGACAUUUCCUUUGGUGUCUAUGUCACAGUGCUCACCACAUCAGAAUGAUUGUUGAGAUCAGGGGUGGUAUGGUAUUUUUUAAAAAGUCAAUUUCAGUGGAGAUGAACGAUUUUGUUUUGUUUUGUUAAUUUGCUCUAAGACUUUGGUAAAAAGUUUCCCUGACAACUAAGCCAGAGGAUUUGUCUGAUGGAAGUGCACAAACUGGGUGUUCAGAUAAGGACUCACCAUUUAAGAACUUUUGCUGAGAUGGUUGCAUUGCGUUAAGAUCUAUGUCAUUAAAUACUGUGGGGAGGGGGAGUUAGCUUUGCAAUUUCCCCUCCCUCAUAUCACCUUCUCAACUGACUGUAGGUAAAUGCCUUUCUGUCAAAAACCAAGGAAAUUAAGCAGAAUAGAUUCGGGGGAGAAGGUGGGUGAGAUUCAUAUACUUUUAAAAAAACAAAAACAAUUGCUGGUGCUAAUGGAUUUUUUAUGUAUGAAAAAAAGCAAAGAACAACAAGCUUUUUUCCUGGAGGAAAUCUGUCAUCGUUUUAAAAGUAUCUCACCUAUUUCUGCAGGGAGUUUUUUUUUUUUUUAAAGUCAGUUUUGGAGAGGAGAUGAAUAAAUAUUGUUAAUUUGCUCAAAUGUAAUAAAGGUAAAAAAUAUUGCCCUCAUUAUAGUUGUUGUUUUUUUUUGCCUUAGAGAAGCUGUGGAGCCAAAUUAACAGUAUAAACAUUUAUUAGAUAGGUUGACCUCAGCCUUUACCCAAUUCAUAAGCAAUUUUGAUUUUUUCCCUGUGUAUGUGUAUGACUGUAUACACGUGUAUAUAUCUCUAGGUGGGACACGGGUGGCGCUGUGCUCUAAACCACUGAGCCUCUUGGGCUUGCUGAUCGGAAGAUCGGCGGUUCGAAUCCCCGCAAUGGGGUGAGCUCCCAUUGCUCUGUCCCAGCUCCUGCCAAUCUGGCAGUUUGAAAGCACGCCAGUAGGUGCCGCUGCAGCGGGAAGGUAAACGGCGUUUCCAUGCGCUCUGAUUUCCGUCACAGUGUCUUGUCGCACCAGCAGCGGUUUAGUCCUGCUGGCCACACGACCCGGAAAGCUGUCUGUGGACAAACGCUAGCUCCCUUGGCCUGAAAGCGAGAUGAGCGCUGCACCCCAAAGUCACCUUUGAAUGGACUUAACUGUCCUUUACCUUUAUGUUUUUAUAUAUCUAUAUAUUGGAGUAGACUUGGUGAGGGCAUGGGGCGUGCAUAGGGAGAGGAGAAAGGGGUGAAGUUCCAUUGCAUAUGGAUUGAAUGAGUUGGAUACGAAUAUAUAUAGCCCAGUUUUUAGUCAUCAGAGGUAAAACAGUCAGUUCCCUGCUGUUUGUACUGUCAAGGUUUCCAGUGGUUCCUGAGUGAGGCUGAUAAUUUUGAUCGAUAUUCCUUUUUGUGCCCUCAGGUUCAGACAUAACAACAGACCGUGGCUUGCAGUUAGGAGAAUGAGGCUUCUCUUCCUGCUCCUCCUGCUCCUCCUCCUCGAGGGGCAUAAACUAAACAAGUUUCAGUUUUGAACUAGCCAUGUUUUCCCUAUACGUAUGUUCCAACAAAGGGACGUAGGUGGCGCUGUGGGUUAAACCACAGAGCCUAGGACUUGCUGAUCAGAAGGUCGGUGGUUCAAAUCCCCGCGACAGGGUGAGCUCCCGUUGCUCGGUCCCUGCUCCUGCCAACCUAGCAGUUCGAAAGCACGUCAAAGUGCAAGUAGAUAAAUAGGUACCGCUCCGGCGGGAUGGUAAUCGGUGUUUCUGUAUGCUGCUCUGGUUCGCCAGAAGUGGCUUAGUCAUGCUGGCCACAUGACCCGGAAGCUGUACGCCGGCUCCCUCAGCCAAUAAAGCGAGAUGAGCACCGCAACCCCAGAGUCGGCCAUGACUGGACCUAAUGGUCAGGGGUCCCUUUACCCUUUACCUUUAUGUUCCAACAAACUGGCGUUAGAACAAAUUACCAUUCCUUGAGUCUGGACAUCCUCUAGAGCAGGGGUGUCCAAACUUUGAACAUACUUGCUCUAGAGUUUCCAUAACAUCCUCAGAAACUGUGGUUAGUUCAAAACUGAGAGCGGGAGGUUUGGAUCUCAAGCCCAUAGGAAGAGGUGGGAGGGAGUGCAGAAGACGUGAACCUGUUCUCAGAACGACAAACCACCUUUUGUUAAGUCUGACAUGGACCGUUUUAGUACCAAGCGACCAAUUUCAGUUUAAGCUUUCUAACCCCCCCCUUUUUGAGCAGCACAACUGCAAAGCCCAGAAGCAGGCCCUGUGCGAGAAGUUUGACCGCAUGUGCGCCAUUUUGGAAGAGAGGCGGAAGAUCAUGUUGCAGAGGAUCACCUACGAGCAGGAGGAAAAGAUCCAGCACCUGAAAUCCAUCUGCAAAACAUGUGGCGACCAUAUUGACUCUUCUUCCAAACUGGUGGACACAGCCUUGCAGUCCAUGGAGGAGCCGCAGAUGGCUGUAUUUGUGCAGGUUAAGUAACCGAAAACCACUCUGCUUCCACACUCCAUCCAACAAACAAGGCAGUAGACUCGGGUGCAAUCGACACACAUAUUAAAAAAUGUUCUGGAAAUGUUCUUAAAUUUUCCAUAAGGCUUACCGUCGCCAUCUAGUGUCACAUUGUAUAUUGCACUUAAAAAACACUUGAAACGUUUUAUUUACAGCUGUACAGCUGAGUCCUUGGAGUGGUUCAGGUAUUCCUGGGAUGUUUCACUUCUGACUACAAGUGUUUGAAUGCUCUCCCACAAAAACAGCUCCCUGUUGAAAGAAAUGUAGCAUGUAAGGAGGUAACCAUUUCCCUGAAAAACUGGGUUUCUAUGUGCAGGAAGAGUCUCUCUCUCCCUCCCUCCCUCCCUCCCUCCUUCUCUCUCUCUCUCUCUCUCUCUCUCUCUCUCUCUCUCUCUCUGUAGGCAAGCAAUCAAACAGGUCCUAGGACAAGGGUCAGCAAACUUUUUCAGCAGGUCCACUGUCCCUCAGACCUUGUGGGGUGCCGGACUAUAUUUUGGAAAAAAUAAUAAUGAACGAAUUCCUAUGCCCCACAAAAAACCCAGAGAUGCAUUUUAAAUAAUAGCACACAUUCUACUUGUGUAAAAACACCAGGCAGACCCCACAAAUAACCCAGAUGCAUUUUUAACCAAAGGACACAUUCUACUCAUGUAAAAACACGCUGAUUCCCAGACCGUCCGCGGGCUGGAUUUAGAAGGUGAUUGGUCCGGAUCCGGCCCCCGGGCCUUAGUUUGCCAUGAUGUAAGGCAACCAUCUCCCUGAAAAACUGGUUUUCUCUGUGCAGGAAGAGUCUCUCUUUUGGUAGGCAAGCAUUCAAACAUGUCCUAGCAACAUAGGAAACUGCCCUAUAUUGAGCCAGAACAUUGGUCCAUUCAGUUCAGUAUUGUCUACACUCCUUGGCAGCAUCUCUCCAGUGUCUGAGACAGGGGAAAUUUAGGAGACGUUUUGUUAAUGUGGAUGGCAUUUCCAUGUUGCCGGCUGUAUCUGGACUUUUGGAUCCAUUCCAGUAUUAAGAUUCUAAUAAGUUCUGAGAUGGACCUGUGAAACCCAAGGCAAUGGGAACAGCUCAUCAGUAUUGCCCCAGAUUUGGCUGCUGGAGCAGUUUUCCUUCUGCAAGUGCAAUGAACCUGAUUUAAAGAAACCCUGACAUUGUAUUUGGGACGCGGGUGGUGCUGUGGGUUAAACCACAGAGCCUAGGACUUGCCGAUCAGAAGGUCGGCAGUUCGAAUCCUCGCGACAGGGUGAGCUCCCCUUGCUCGGUCCCAGCUCCUGCCAACCUAGCAGUUCGAAAGCACGUCAAAGUGCAAGUAGAUAAAUAGGUACCACUCCUGUGGGAAGGUAAACGGCGUUUCUGUGCGCUGCUCUGGUUCGCCAGAAGCGGCUUAGUCAUGCUGGCCACAUGACCCAGAAGCUGUACACCGGCUCCUUCGGCCAAUAAAGCGAGAUGAGCGCCGCAACCCCAGAGUCGGCCACGACUGGACCUAAUGGUCAGGGGUCCCUUUACCUUUACCUAACAUUGUAUUUAAGUAGCCCAAGGAAGCUGAAUUGGGGGACCUGUACACAUUACACAAACUAAGCCCAUAUUGGCAAGUUUUGCAUGAUUUGUUGGGGUUCCCUCCUUGCAGCAAGGCGCAAACAGCUAUGGAGGGGAAUGAAGCCGUUCCUAGGUGACGAGUUAAAAUCUUGCUCAGACCUUGGGGAAAAGCCAUAGAGCAGUGGUAGAACACACCCUUUGUCCAAAUGCUCUUCCAUUCCCAGCUCCUUUCAACGCCAGCCAGCACAGCCAAUGGCUCAGAGAUUACCUAUUUCACUGGAUUGAUUUCUUUCACCGAUUUCAUAGCCUGCCCUCCUUCCUCCCGAAGGGAGCUCAGGGUGACUCACCAGAUGUUGCGUGUGGGUGUGGGGAAGAAUCUGAGAACAUUUCUUAGAUCUGGAAUCACAACCAGCUUCUAAAGCAGCAGCAAUUAAUAUAGAUAGCCUAGUUUUCCUUUGCAAAGGGAAAAGCAAGUCUCCCUAGGCUGGAGAGGGUUUGUUGUGAGGGCGGGGGAGAGAGCCUCACAGGUCUCCCCUCUGCCUGAUGUAGACAAUACAGAGCUACAUGGAGCAAUGGUAUGACUUGGGGGUGAGGCAACAGUAUGAGCCUAUAGCUACAAAGGUAAGGAUGGGACCCUGGCUCUGUAACUGAGCUUUUCUGCAGGUAGUUACAGGAGUCCAGUCCAGCGCCAGAUUUACCGUAUUUUUUGUUCUAUAAGAUGCACCUGACCAUAAGACACGCCUAGUUUUUGGAGAAGGAAAACAAGAAAAAAAAUAUUCUGAAUCUCAGAAGCCAGAACAGCAAGAGGGAUCGCUGCGCAGUGAAAGCAGCAAUCCCUCUUGCUGUUCUGGCUUCUGGGAUAGCUGUGCAGCCUGCAUUCGCUCCAUAAGACGCAAACACAUUUCCCCUUACUUUUUAGGAGGGAAAAAGUGAGUCUUAUAGAGCAAAAAAUACGGUAUAUAUAAGCUAAACAAUUAGAUUAGAUUUAUAUAUAAGCUAAACAAGGGACGCGGGUGGCGCUGUGGGUAAAACCUCAGCGCCUAGGACUUAGAAUCAUAGAAUCAUAGAAUCAUAGAGUUGGAAGAGACCACAAGGGCCAUCGAGUCCAACCCCCUGCCAAGCAGGAAACACCAUCAGAGCACUCCUGACAUAUGGUUGUCAAGCCUCGGCUUAAAGACCUCCAAAGAAGGAGACUCCACCACACUCCUUGGCAGCAAAUUCCACUGUUGAACAGCUCUUACUGUCAGGAAGUUCUUCCUAAUGUUUAGGUGGAAUCUUCUUUCUUGUAGUUUGGAUCCAUUGCUCCGUGUCCGCUUCUCUGGAGCAGCAGAAAACAACUUUUCUCCCUCCUCUAUGUGACAUCCUUUUCUAUAUUUGAACAUGGCUAUCAUAUCACCCCUUAACCUCCUCUUCUCCAGGCUCCUCUUCUCCAUGCCGAUCACAUGGUCGGCGGUUCGAAUCCCCGCGGCGGGGUGAGCUCCCGUCGUUCGGUCCCAGCUCCUGCCCACCUAGCAGUUCGAAAGCACAAUUAAGUGCAAGUAGAUAAAUAGGUACCGCUUUAUAGCGGGAAGGUAAAUGGCGUUCCGUGUGCUGCUCUGGUGCCGGUUCGCCGGAGCAGCUUCGUCACACUGGCCACGUGACCCGGAAGUGUCUGCGGACAGCGCUGGCUCCCGGCCUCUAGAGUGAGAUGAGCGCACAACCCUAGAGUCUGUCAAGACUGGCCCGUACGGGCAGGGGUACCUUUACCUUUACUAAACAAGCUAUAGCUUAGGGCCCCACUCUCUUGGGGGCCCCAAUUUUUAUUUAUAUUUUUAAAAAUCAUUUUUAUUAAGUUUUCCAUUUUAACAAUCCAAUCAAGUCACAUUAAAUAUUCCAAAUUAUACAUAUACAUAUCAAAUAAUCCAAAUAUUCUGCCAAAUUAUAAUUUUUGUUGGGACUUCCCACGCUUCAAGUUCGGGGGGGCUCUGAUCAUCUCAUAUCUCUACUGCUUUUGAUAGUCAUUUCUAAUAGUUCCUUUAAAUCUUCCUGUUGUUAACCUUCCUUCUUUCACGGCCUCUGAGUUGUUUCCACAAGCGAGUUGAAGUAAAAUGAUGUGUUUUUAGGGCCCACCAAAAAAUUAAAGGGAAAAAAACCCUGGAUGUACAUUUCCAAAAUACAGUGGUACCUUGGUUUACGAACUCAAUCCGUUCCAGAAGUCCGUUCUUAAACCAAAGCGUUCUUAAACCAAGGCAUGCUUUCCCAUAGCAGUGGGGGACUCAAUUUACAAAUGGAACACACACAACAUGUUCUGCUUCCAAGGCAAAGUUCACAAACCAAAACACCUACUUCCGGGUUUGCAGCAUUCUUAAUCCAAGUUGUUCAUAAACCAAGCUGUUCUUAAACCAAGGUAGCACUGUAUAAGAUAAAAAACAAAUAAAAUAACACCUACAUACAGCGACAGUGUUUGUGUGUUGCGUAGGCUCUUAUGAUGUAAUUAAUGGGCCCUGCCUGCUAGCCUGCUCCCUAAAAUAUCACUGGUUUGCUCAUUUCUAUAUAUAGGGUGCCUACAUUCUGCAUGGACUGGUUGCACGGCAACACAUGCAAAUGGCUAUAGAUGCCCUAUCAGGUCCAUAAAUUACCAUAUAGCAUAUAUUCAACACAGACAACAGCAACAAUUUGUUGUUGACAAUGUACAGCUGGACAUAUAAAGUGCCCCAUUCCCUUCAGUAUCUUAGGGCCUCAUCAAACCUAAAUCUGGCCCUGGUCCAGUCCCUGGAGUCUCUGGGAAAAGUUCUGUGGCUGAAAAUCCAGAUUGCUGGUGGUGGUCAGUGCAGACCAGGGGUUCUCAAAGGGUGGGGUACAGGAGAGGAUGACGAGUGUAACAGGGAGAUUCAAGGACAAUGAAAUAAACAUUGAAACAUUUCAGUGUGGUGUAUACAGGCAACGGCCAAUUAAGACGCGGCUGAUUAAUGCGCAAUCAUGCACGCACACUGAACCCAGAAGUGACACCCAAAUGGAAAGGGCAGAACAGAAUGGAACGCUUUAUGUGGGCCCCAGAAUGUAUGUGGGGUCCAGAACGUAAUCCCCUCACGAAAAGACGAUUGCUUGUAGUGUAGUAUAGUAUCAAAACAAUUUUGUUUGGAUAUACAGCCAGAAACAGUAUCCAUGCCUCUCUUUUCAAGAGCAUUCUCUUGCAGUUGUCCACGACAUAUUGCUGUCAAUGGGGAUUUUUAACUCUGUCAAAUAUGAAAGAUCGGAAAAGAGAAAGGCUUCUUUGUAUUGAUGAGGAGAUGAAAGUUUGUUUGUCUCAAAUUAGGCCUAAUAUAAACUAGAUUAUGUGGCAAACGCAAGCACACGCCCCUCAUUGAGUGUGUACACGUACUUAAGUUACAUAUGUAGGAGGCUCGUUUAUAAUUAUAUUUUGGGAAGGAUGAGCGUUCAUAUGCAGUUGCAUCCUUUUCAACCUUUAUAAUGUGGUCCCAUGAUCAUUUUAUAAAGUAGUUGUGUUCUGUGUUAUAUAAACCAAGGAGUUGUUUCCUUUUGUUUUCCCAUGUAUUUCUUAUCAAUAAGAAUUUCGGUGCGGCAAUAGCAAAAUCCUGAAAGUGUGGCCCUGGGGGAAAAGUCUGAGAACCACUGGUGUGCUGAUCUUGAUGAACCCAGAGGUCUGCUUCAGCAAGCCAGGCACCUCUAUACGUUCAUGUCCUCACUGGCCACCUUCUGAGAUUUUGCCAUGUAUUAUUAGCUAUUGAGAGACGUGGGUGGCACUGUGGGUUAAACCACAGAGCCUAGGACUUGCCGAUUAAAAGGUUGGCGGUUUGAAUCCCCAUGACAGGGUGAGCUCCCGUUGCUUGGUCCCAGCUCCUGCUGACCUAGCAGUUCGAAAGCACGUCAAAGUGCAAGUAGAUAAAUAGGUACCACUGUGGUGGGAAGGUAAACGGCGUUUCUGUGCGCUGCUCUGGUUUGCCAGAAGUGGCUUAGUCAUGCUGGCCACAUGACCCGGAAGCUGUACACCGGUUCCCUCGGCCAAUAAAGCGAGAUGAGUGCCGCAACCCCAGAGUCAGCCACGACUGGACCUAAUGGUCAGGGGUCCCUUUACCUUUACCUUUGUUAGCUAUUGCAGUCAAGUGUUUUCUCACACAGAGUUGGCUCACGGACGUAGAAAUGAGGGAUGGCUCUCCUCUUACUUUGUCAUCUGCUCUUAACAAAUCCCGAUUCUUUCCACUUGUGUCCUUUCUCCUCCCACAUCAGAACGCCAAAGUUCUCAUCCAGAAGUAAGUAUCCUUCCUUGCCUUAUUGCCUCUGCAUAUCUACCUUCUUCCUUCCUCCCCUCUCGAGUUUUCGGGUUUGAAAAGAUGGAAGCUCUCCACCUGCGACCUGUGAUUGCUUUCCCUCCUGCAGGAUUUCUGAGAUGUCCCAGAGCUGCAAACCUGAGAAGCUGGAGUCAGGCUAUGACAACAUGGAUCACUACACAGUCGACUUCAAUGCAGAAGAAAGACUUCUCUACCAGCUGGAUUUUAUCAAAGGUGGGGAGGGAAGCAGCCCUAGGUGCCCCCAUUCAAGUUAUUGAAGGAUUUAAACCAGGAUUUGAUGAUUGAUUUCACAAUUUUUUUAUUAUUAGCUCACUCUUCAUUAAGAACAACCCCGUGCAUUUAUUCUUACUUAGCUAGUUCAUAAAAUUUACACACCACUUCAUUAUAACAAAACAAUAAUAAUAAAAGAGGCUUACAAAAAAAGAAUAAAACAAUAAACUUAUCAGUAAACAUGGUUUUAAAAAAGCUGUUUAAAACAUUCCAAAAUAAUUAAGACUGAUAAGCUAAAAACAGAUUAAAACACAUGCAAACUUUCUACAUAUCUGGGUAAACAGAAGUGUUUUUAGCAGGUGCAGAAAAGAGUACAGUGGUACCUUGGUUCUUGAACUUAAUCCAUUCCAGGAGUUGGUUUGACUCCCGAAACUAUUCAACAACCAAGGCGUGGCUUCCGAUUGGCUGCAGGAACUCAAGCAGAAGCCAUGUCGGAGGUUCGGCUUCUGAAAAAUGUUCACAAACCAGAACACUUACUUCCGGGUUUGCGGCAUUCAGGAGCUGAUUUGUUCGGCAAUUAAGCCGUUCAGGAACCAAGGUUUGACUGUACAGUGAAGCCCCAUGUCAAUAGGCAGGAAGUUCCAAAGUGAAUAUGAAUACUCAAUAUGCAAUAAAACCCAAGUGCAUGAAACCAGAAGUAGGGAUGGAUCAAGAGUUCCUCUUCUGGAGUCCAAAGUCCACUCUGGGAUUUUGAUGGAGCCUGUGGAUCCAGAUAUCUAAGUCUGCACAGCAAGUCAAAAGCAGUCUUCAGAUUGCAGUGGCUAAUUUCGUGCCCUCCAGAGGAUGUUGAACAACAGCUCCUGCCACCAUGGCCAAUAGUCAGUGACGAUGGCAGUUGCAGUCCAAGAGUGUUUGGGGUGUAGAGCAUUGGGACUGUUGGAAAAACGCCCUGGGAAGGCUGCAAACUUCCCAAGUCUCCAGAGCAUUCCCCGGUGGCUCCCUCUGGCUGCAAAUCUUCUUCAGUCCAGAGCGGCCGGUAAUAAGCAACCCUUCUCUCCUGAAAAGAGCACACCAGUCUUCUGGUAUAUCAUAGCAGACGAAAAACUCAAUUGUAGUUCUAAAACUACUUUAUUUACAGUCUUAUACAGUGGUACCUCUGGAUGCGAACGGGAUCCAUUCUGGAGCCCCAUUCGCAUCCUGAGUAAAACAUAAGAUGCGACAGCGCGUCUGCGCAUGCGCGGGCCGCAUUUUGCCACUUCUGCGCAUGCGCGUGAUGUCAUUUUGAGUGUCUGCGCAUGUGCGAGUAGCGAAACCCAGAAGUAACGUGCUCCGUUACUUCUGGGUUGCCGCAGAGCGUAACUUGAAAACGCUUAACCUGAAGCACGUCUAACCCGAGGUAUGACUGUAUACAGAGACUCCAUCAGUACAUCCGUGCUCUCUGAACACCAGUACAGAACUGCAACACACACAGAAGUGAAAUCAACUUCCAAUAGUACUCAGAAGGAAGAGAUAAUACAGACUUCCUUUCUCAUGCUCUCUCAGACACUCACAUGAUGUAUACAAAUCAUAGUACCACUCGCUGGAGCAGCUCGGAUAGGUAAAAAUCCCAACAGGAGUACUUCUUUGCAACCACUGUGUGCCAUCAGUGCCUUAACCUUCAUGCUGCCUUUUUAAAAAAUCCCCUUUCUAGUUGAAGAAGAGUCUGAACCAAUGGCGGAAGAAGAUGGCGCCUCUGCCGAGGCUGAAGAUGCUUUGGCAGAGUACGGGGCAGCAGCUGGCGAGGGGCGAGAGGAUCCUGAGGACUUCUUUGCUCCUGGAAAGGAAGAGCAGGCUCAAGGAAGAGCCCCAAUGACAAAUGAGACGCUGAGCAGUGGGGUGAAAGCUACGCCGCAGGCUGGGACAGAAGGCCUGGCUGGCAAAGAGGACAAUUUAUGGGGUGGCCAGCAGGUGAGAGCCAGGUCUAGGUUCCUUAAGUGCAAAGUGGGGCUGCUCUCGGGAGGCAAGAAAGGGGACUUGGGAGGUUCAGACUCCUCUGUCUCCUUGGGCUGUGUGCUUGACCUGCAGCAUUUUUGCUUUUUUCAUAAAAGGUUAGGAUUGAUAGAAAGGCUAGCUGGUUUUGUGGGAAUGUUAAAGAUAGUAGGAAAGGAUAUAUUGAAUAAGUAUUAUCCGUCCUUCACUCACACUAGUGAAGUGAUGUAACAGAGCAAAUUUCCCUCACUAUAUCUGGAAGCUAGUUUGCAGGUUCGUUUGUCUCUCUUGUUGUUGUUGUUGUUUAGUUGUUUAGUCAUGUCCGACUCUUCGUGACCCCAUGGACCAGAGCACGCCAGGCACUCCUGUCUUCCACUGCCUCCCGCAGUUUGGUCAAACUCAUGUUGGUAGUUUCAAGAACACUGUCCAACCAUCUCGUCCUCUGUCGACCCCUUCUCCUUGUGCCCUCCAUCUUUCCCAACAUCAGUGUCUUUUCCAGGGAGUCUUCUCUUCUCAUGAGGUGGUCAAAGUCUUGGAGCCUCAGCUUCAGAAUCUGUUCUUCCAGUGAGCACUCAGGGCUAAUUUCCUUCAGAAUGGAUAGGUUGGAUCUUCUUGCAGUCCAUUUCCCUUUUGAUCCCUCUUAAAAGAAUAAAGACACAAGAGUCUUUCUGAGCAAAGUAACAGAAAGUUUACUCACAUUUCAGUUCACAGUUUGAUCCCUGAAAGGCAGGCUUUACUUAGUGGCUGCACAACAAAGUGUGAGUUCAUCUCAUAUGGAAACUGAACUCAUGUGCUGCUGGCUGAGAUCCAGCAGACAGCAGACUUUACAUUAAGACAACACUGGAACAAGACAACUUCAAGACUGAGAAAAUGGCUGCAUGACUUGGAUCUUUUCUGGAGUCAGCCAGAGCCACAUCCAUCUCCCGGGUCACAUGCAGGGGGAGGAUGCACCAGACCAGUGGAACAGGAAGUUACCCUGACUGGAUGUCCCUCUGCCUGUGCCCACUCUAAGGAAAUAAGGAAUGUUGCAUUUGACUGUACCAAUGGAUUACAUCCCACAAGUUUUCCAUGGCAUUUUGUUCUGAUAUCUCAAGGUAGGGAUAAUGAACCAGUGCACCCCAGGUGUGGUCAAGUUAUAGGUCCCACAACCUCUGACCAUGUUGACUGGCACUGAUGGGGGUCCACCAAACAUUUGGAAGGACAUAUGUCCCUCUUCCCUGUUCUUAAGUCAUGCAGAGGCUCAUGUCACUAGACCCUCCUCUAAUUCCCCAUGCCCCUAAAGUGAAGCAAGGACUGCUCCUUUACCGAAUGAGCACACUGUGUCUUUCAGAAGCUUCAAAAAGCUUCUGAGUCCUUUCCUUACAGGGAAAGACCAUCGUUCAGUGGCAGAGCAUCUACUUUGCACGUAGAAGGUCCAGGUUCAAUUCCUGGCAUCGCCAGGUAGGACCGAGAAAGACCCUCUCUGCAAUCCUGGAGGACCACUCUUUGUGGACUAGACAAAACUAGAUGGACCAGGGUUCAUAAGAGCUAAAGAGGAUAGGAAGGCAGGCUGUUACCUUCAGCUGUGCUCCACCUUCCGAACCAAAGCAAAGUCCAAUUUCCAUUUUGAGGUGGUGGCCCUGCAGCAAACGGCCUCUGUUCCUAUCUGGAGAAAAUGCCGGAGACCUCCUUACACAGAAGGAGCUUGAGUUAAGUUGCCCUCCACCCUUCCCUCAUCUUCCCAUGGUGUCAAUCUAUUGCAUUCCAUGUCUUUGCAGUACUGUCCCUUAGGACAGGUGUGGGAAAUUUCAGGCCUGGGGGUCCAAUGUGGCCCUAUAGUCCUCUCUGUUUGGCCCUCAGGACUCUUCCCAGGCCUCACCCCUCAAGGACUCUGCUUCACAUCCUGAGUAUUUUUGCCCAGAUGGGGGUACAUGGAUGUGUGAGUGUACAUAGAAACUAGAUAAACAAAAAUAAACUUUUUUGCUCCACCCACUUUGCCUCCGGCCCCUUCCACCACUGCCACGCUGCCCUUAGAAGAUUGACCAAAAAGCAAUGUGACCCUCAAGCCAAAAAUGGUUCCCCAUGCCCGUCUUAUUCAUUUGAAAGGAAACAGAACAGCAUGACCAAAUAAAAGAGGCAAAUAAUGGCAUAUACAGGCAAUUAUCACAAUAAUUCAUUUUGCUUCCCUUUGAGUUUUUAAAAUAAGAUGGCUAAUGAGUAAAAAUCGAACCAGUUUAAUGAGCUGUGUAAUUGUUUUUAAAGGUGUUGCAGAGUUUUUGAACUCAAGAGUUGGGCAGAAGCUUAGGUUUCAUUGUAGCCUUUCAUCUUCUCCUGAUUUUUUCUUUCUUUCAGAGUCAGCUGGAUGCGGAGCUCCAUGUGACCGGCUCCAGUCCCCCAGCAACCUUGCCAGAAUGCGAUUUACAGGGUAAUGUUCUCAGCCAAGACAUGGGGCAGCCCAAAGUGGAGGUAGCCUCUGGCGAAGCCUUCAGCACCAUGGACAGCUCAGCAGAGACCGAGGAGAGCAGAGGCCUGGGCAAUGGUAGGGAAUGCGAAGCUGGUCAUGCCCAUCUUCUGAACGGCAUGGCACCUGCCACCAGCCAGGUCAGUGGCAACACAAAGCUAGACUUAUUUGUGUUGGUUGUCAUGUUACCCAACUUUCUCUGCUCAUUUUGUGGGGAAGCCGUAAGCAUUCUCAACUGGCAUGGCUCUGCUUUGGUGGGAGGAGUCUAAUAUGUAGCCAGGCUUAGAACUGUUGGUUCCUGUUCAACUGUGGACCUUCCACCAUUCAUCCUCAUUGGAUGUCCCCAGAUAUACGAGAAUGAGAGAGAGAAGCUUUCCUCUUUCUAUAUACGCACCAGUCCUAAGUCUCUUCCACCUGCCUCUCCUCAUCUCCCCCACCCUUUGUCUUUCUUUUAAAGUAAAAUAAGCACCAAGAUAAAAGGGACGUGGGUGGCUCUGUGGGUUAAACCACAGAGCCUAGGACUUGCUGAUCAGAAGGUUGGUGGUUCGAAUCCUUGUGAUGGGGUGAGAUCCCGUUGUUCGGUCCCAGCUCCUGCCAACCUAGCAGUUUGAAAGCACGUCAAAGUGCAAGUAGAUAAAUAGGUACCGCUCCGGCGGGAAGGUAAACAGCGUUUCUGUGCUCUGCUCUGGUUCACCAGAAGUGGCUUAGUCAUGCUGGCCACAUGACCCGGAAGCUGUACGCCGGCUCCCUCGGCCAAUAAAGUGAGAUGAGCGCCACAACCCCAGAGUCAGCCACGAAUGGACCUAAUGGUCAGGGGUCCCCUUUACCUUUAAGCACCAAGAUGCUUCAGUCUUUUCUCCAAUGGGAAUACAAAGUUAUUAGGAACAUGGCAGCUGUUGCAUUACAGGGUAUAAAAAAGAAAUAAACAAAGAUGCAUACAGUAACUGUUUCCUGAGUUUAAUCUUCAGCCUAUCCCAUGAUCAGGCCUUUGGAAAAUCUCACUGUGGAUUUUGACCUCACCCCUUCUAAAUUUUGUGCCACCUUUAGGCUCCAUUCCAUUGCAAGAUAGUUAAGCACAGUGCAGGUGCAGCUGUGGCAGUAAACGUAAAGGGGACCCCUGACCAUUAGGUCCAGUCGUGACUGACUCUGGGGUUGCGGUGCUCAUCUCGCUUUAUUGGCCGAGGGAGCGGCGUACAGCUUCCAGGUCAUGUGGCCAGCAUGACUAAGCCGCUUCUGGCGAACCAGAGCAGCGCACGGAAACGCCGUUUACCUUCCCACAAGAUUUAUCCCACCUAUUUAUCUACUUGCACUUUUGACGUGCGUUCGAACUGCUAGGUUGGCAGGAGCAGUGACAGAGCAAUGGGAGCUCACCCCAUUGUGGGGAUUCAAACUGCUGACCGUCUGAUCUGCAAGUCCUAGGCUCUGUGGUUUAACCCACAGCGCCACCUGCGUCCCCAAGCUGUGGCAGUGGGAAGGGUUAAAUCAGCCUUUUUGAGUCCAUGGCUCCCUUGACCAACUGCAUUCUUUCUGUGGCCCCUAUGGGGCUCAGGAACCCAGUUAUGUCACCCCUUGCCUGCAGAGCUGGCAGCCCCUCACCCUUUUUCAAACACCCUCCCUUGUGGAGUUUUCCCUCAGCCUCCUGUCCUCUCCCCUUUCCUUGGGAGUCCCCUGAACAGCUGCAGCUGCUGCCCCUGGCCUCUGAGCUGCCCCCACUGCCCCACAGAGAGGUGCCUCCUCACACUGCCCCACAGGGACCUGGGAAGCACCCCCUGGCCAGCCCCAGAUGCACUAUUCACCUGGGGAGCUUGAAGCCAGGGCUGCUGCAACAAACAGCUUUACAAGCCUUUGGGAGGCAGAGACACAAGAGGGAGGGAAGGGAAGGGAAGAGAGUCAGGGGCCAGUGUUGCCCGCAGCACCCCUGACCACCAUUCAAGGCACCCCAAGGUGCCACAGUACACUGUUUGAAAACCACUGGGUUAAAUGAUCAAGCCACGGCUUGGCUGCUGCAAAGCGAGUGCAAAGUGGCCUCGCUUCUGAGAAUAACUCUUCUCUCUUCCUCCAGCAGGCAUUGUUGAAGUGGGGCAUUUAUUUGGCUGUUUUAUUUUAGCAAUAGGGAGCAGGUGUCCUAGAACGGUGCCCAUAAUUGCAUGCGGGGCGGGGGCCCUUCUGCUCCUCCAGACCCCAUUGAGAUGCCCCUCACAGUGAGGAUUAAACUCUUCCCUCCCUUCGCUUGCUUCAAAGAGCUGCCUGGGCCGCCUGGCCUUGCAACGGACUCUUGGCAAGUCUAUUCUUAGCUUCUCUUGUUCUGUCCUUCCUCGCUUAACAAUACCUCAAGUAUGAGCCACACGUUUCAUCUGCGAGAGCUUUCACUGAGGUAGGAGCUGGGGCUAAGAGGGAAGCUCAGUUUCUGGAAGUGUUUGCACCUGGGUUGAUGGGUCCAGAGGAUGGUGCCGGGUGUCGUUUGAAACAUGUUACCUGCAUGACAUGUAUUCCAAGAGUGGAAAGAAUACUGUUGCCUUCAGCUCCUGUUUGUGGGUUCCCACAGGCAUCUGGUUGGCUGCUGUGUGAAAUGGAUGCUGGACUAGAUUGGGUUUUUGGCCUGAUCCAGCAGCCAGGCUCUUCUUUCCAAGCGCAAUUCAAAGUGUUGGUGCUGACCUUAAAGCCCUAAACUGCCUCGGCCCAGAAUAUCUGAAGGAGCGUCUCCACCCCCAUCGUUCAGCCCGGACUCUGAGAUCCAGUGCCAAGGGCCUUCUGGCAGUUCCCUCACUGUGAGAAGUGAGGUUACAGGAACCAGGCAGAGGGCCUUCUCAGUAGUGGCACCCGCCCUGUGGAACGCCCUCCCAUCAGAUGUCAAGGAAAUAAGCAACUACAGUGGUGCCUCGCAAGACGAAAUUAAUCCGUUCCGCGAGUCUCUUCGUCUUGCGGUUUUUUUGUCUUGCGAAGCACGGCUAUUAGGGCUUAGCGGCUAUUAGCGGCUUAGCGGCUUAGCGUCUAUUAACGGCUUAGCGGCUUAGCAGCUAUUAACGGCUUAGCGGCUUUAAGAAAAAGGAAACAAACUCGCAAGAACUCGCAAGACGUUUCGUCUUGCGAAGCAAGCCCAUAGGGAAAUUUGUCUUGCGGAACGACUCAAAAAACGGAAAACUCUUUCGUCUUGCGCGUUUUUCGUCUUGCGAGGCAUUCGUCUUGCGAGGCACCACUGUAUCUGACUCUUAGAAGACAUCUGAAGGCAGCCCUGUUUAGGGAAGUUUUUAAUGACUGAUGUUUUAUUGCCUUUUUAAUAUUCUGUUGGGAGCCACCCAAAGUGGCUUGGGGAACCCAGCCAGAUGGGUGGGGUAUGAAUGAAUGAAUGAAUGAAUGAAUAAAUAAAUAAAUAAAUAAAAUUUCUUCUUGGUUUCUAUGUACUCUGCAUGCAUUGAUUGCCUCUAUGUUCCUAGAAGUGCACACUCCAAAACUCUCUUCCUCCAGCCUUGUCCUUUGAAGCUGCUUUUAACUCCCUGAAUACCCCUCUUUUCCCCAGGCUCCUGAAUCCAGUCCCACCGCUGAGAGAUGGAGAAGCGAGGAGAUUACUGAACCUCUCCUCAGCAGCUUCUUCAACCCCACUACCCUUUGGCUACAUGAUUAA